CCUCAUCGCCUCCGGUCCCAGAGUCAGGAGACGCGGUGUCUGUCCGGCGAGCGACCAGCGGCGAGGCGCUCCAGUGCAGCCUCGUCGGCGCCGGGAGCAGCGCGCGGGCCGCGACGCGCAGGCCGGGACCCCCGACGGCCUGGCCCUGCCUGAGCACACCCACCAGAGCCCCGAUUUAAAACGGUCGCACGGCCGUCGCCUCCCCACGGUCUCCGGGCCGGGCCUGAGCCCCGCGCCCUCAGGGGCCGCAUCGCGGAUGAUUCGGAAGGCGCGGCCGGCGCUGCUGCAGCCUCAAGAUGUCGGAGACCGAGUGGAAACGCUCAUGAGCGGGAGAUAUGGCUACCAGAGCAUCUCCACAGCCCUGAAGACCAUCUAUCGCAGCGAGGGCCACCGCGGACUCUUCAGUGGCCUGACAGCCACCCUCCUUCGUGACGCGCCGUUUUCUGGAAUCUACCUAAUGUUUUACAACCAGACCAAAAACAUAGUGCCCCAAGACCAGCUGGAUGCGGUCCUGAUUCCCUUUGUGAACUUCAGCUGUGGAAUAUUUGCUGGUGUUCUGGCCUCCUUGGUCACUCAGCCCGCAGACGUUGUCAAAACUCAUAUGCAGCUUGCCCCGGUGAAAUGUCGGUGGAUUGGCCAAACAGCUGCACUCAUUUUUAAAGACCACGGGCUGCGUGGCUUCUUCCAAGGCUGGGUCCCCCGGGCCCUCCGCAGAACCCUGAUGGCGGCGAUGGCAUGGACAGUCUACGAAGAGAUGAUGGCCAAGAUGGGCCUCAAAUCCUGACCGAGAGGGGACUGCUCCUGUCACCAUCCUGGAGUAAGAUGAAGUGCAGUCUGGGACCCAGGCAGACACGCUGCCUUCAGUGCCCCAUUCAGGUAGAGAAAUGAGGCCUGGCUCGAGCUCCAGAAGUCUCUCAAAAGAGGAAUCGCCCAUACAGACACCACACUGGGAGUAAUGGGGAGUUAGGAGAAAGGUUUGUACACGCUACAAGCCUACUCGGAAAGGUGUUGUCCAGAGAGAGCUCCAUCAGCUGGUCUGCGUUAGCCACCUGUCUAUACCAUCGUGUCUCCGUGGAUACCUUGUGGGGCAAGAAGUCACAACCCCAGAGAAGCCGUAGGCCACCUGCUGUGUCUGGGGAAGGAUGUAGGGUGAGGAAGGAAAGAUAUUGUUUACUUGGUUCCUUAUCAGCUUCUCAGAGGCUCUGGAGAACAGGGACAGUGGCUUCCUAGCCUAGACAUGUUGUCUAAAUAAAUGUUGUCUUGGCCCCUGAACUGUUUCAACUGUAAGUUGUUCUGGCAUUUUCUGGAACUAAAUUUCAGAUAAAUAAAAUGAAGCACUUUAUCAUUGGAAGCUGCUUGGAAAACCUAAAUAGUGUUGUCGCUCUGUUUAAAAAUAAUGUAAUAAUUUUAGGGUAACUGGCUCUUGACCCACAUAGGUCCCUGAAGCCCACAUUUUGAACAAAACCAAACCCACUGCCAUUCCAACUCAUGGCGACCCCAUGUGCUACAAAGGAGAACCGCUCCAUAGGGUUUGCUUGGCUGUAAUCUUUAUGGAAGCAGAUUGCCAGGCCUUUUUUCCGUGACGCUGCUGGGUAGGUUUGUCUGCCAACCUUUAGGUUAGUAGUUGAGUGCCAGCUGUUUAUGCCAUCUGAGGGCCUUACAGAUCAUACAGUUUACCCAUUUCAUGUGUACAAUUCAGUGAUUUUUCAUAACUUUAUGAAGUGGUACAACCAUCACCAUAAAUCAGUUUUAGAAAAUUUUCAUCCCCAGUAAGGUCCCUCCUGCCCACUUAACAAUUAAUCUCUGUUCCCACCUCCAGCCCCAGGCAGCCACUGAUGUAUUUCUGUGUCUAUAAAUUUGCCUUUUCUGCACACUUCAUGUUAAUGGGACCAUCCAAUAUGUGGUUCCUGAUGCCUGGCUCCUUUCACUUAGUAUAAUGUUUUUGAGGCUCAUCCAUGUUGUAGCGUGUAUCAGUACUUUGCUCUUUUUUUAUGGCCAAAUAAUAAGUCCAUUGUAUGCAUACACCACGUUUGAUUUAUCCAUUCAUCAGAUGAGGAACAUUUGGAUUGCUUCCACUUUUAGGCUAUUAUGAACAGCAUUUGUGAACAUGUUUCUAUGUGAGCGUAUGUUUUAAUUUCUCAUGGGCUGAUACCUAGGAGGAAAAUACUGGGUCAUAUGGUAACUCUUAAGUUUAACCACUUGAGGAACUGUCAGACUGUUUUCCAAAGUGGCUGAAACAUUUUACAAUCCCACCAGCGACGCGUGAGGGUUGCAGGUCCUCCACAUCCUCGCCAACACUCAUUAUUGUUUUAUGUAUUAUAUCGGUCAUUCUGGUGUGUAUUCCAAUUUUUUCUAUCACCUUUCAAAUUUAGGAAAGGGCCAUUAUUUUAUCCAGGCAGCAGAAGGGGCAAGCUUGGUCUAGUGGUUAAGAACAUGGCUCUGGGUUCAGGCAGCCCCUGUGGAAAACCUGGCUCCCCGUUCACUUAGACAUGUCACUGACCCUGCCCUGGGAGAUGGGGAGAGUGAUG